CCCCCCCCCCCAGCAACGCCCGCUGGCCCGUCGGCCGAGUACCGGCCCGAAGAACCGCUCGCCUUGCCAUCCGGCGAGAUUUCCGGCCGCACAGCUGGACAGGAGUCGCUGUGUCGGCCAACGAACCCAGCACCAUCAACGCAGCGGUAUGUACCGGUACCACCGUUAGAUAUAGGACACACUUAACAAAUUAACACUCAAAUUAUACACAGAACAACACGCACACGCCUCAACUAGGAUUUUUAAUAAAAAUAUGUAAGAAAAGUGAAGGAUUUGUGUUGUAGUUUUUGUAUCGCGAAAGUGCCCUUGAUUACCCAGUAGCUAGCCGACCCUGGGAUUGCCGGAGUCUCUUGUGUCCGGAGUCGGCCCGGCACUGUAGUAUUGACCGAUAAGUUUCACUUGGCACCCAGCCAAAAGUCCGCGAAAGGUAAUCAAGGGACCGAAGUAGUGUACAAAAAUCUAACGAUUUUGCCGACGGGACGUGGCAGGGAUACGUGCUUGCACGUAUGUCUCCCCUCAUGCGCGAUCUGCCACUUUAGGUGAUAAAACUGUGAUUAAUCGAAGCUUUUGCUUCAAAAGAGGUCCUGAGCGCAUCACGGACACAUUUACAAUCGAUAGUCGUUUUUUCCGUACUAAAAUUCGUUGAUGUUGGUAAAUUUUGUGUUUCGUGAACCGUUUAUGCAUUGUCCAAACAUAGAUCAUAAUUGAACUUUACUUUACCUACUUGUCCAAUCAAUCCUGACAACAAUAGCCCACUAUUUAUUUUAACAUGUUUGUUUUGAUCCGUCCCAUUGUUUUAUGAUUUUAUUUUUACCCAUCCACAACACAUCUCCGAUUCUCAUACAAUGACACGCAAGCGGCGAGCAAAGGCUAAGGCCAAUUAUAAAUUAAUUGAUUGGCAGCCGACGACGUACGAUGCGGACGAGUCGGACUUGGAGGACUCUUUCGAAAUGCCUCGUCCGUUGCUCUCGACGCAUCCUAACUACCCGCUAGAGGAGUUAGAGCUGGACCUCGAAGAGACUUUGCAUACCAUACGGGAGCAAAGGACUUCGGGGGUGAUGAUGCCAGCAGACGUCUUAAAAGUUAAACGAAUAAUCUACCUGUUUAUGCGUGACAUGAACAUCGUCACUUGCGAUGUUAACUCUCGUUAUUUGCCCCCCAGCGCGACAUGCGAAUAUUGGGCGCCGGAAUCAGAGCCAGAGGAAGAGAUCGAGUUGAUCAUCCCUAGUUCCGAUUCCGAUGAUUCUGAAAUGUCCUUUAGCGAGCCCGAAUCUGAUUCGGAAGACCAACUUCAGGUCGAAAAGGGAACGAAAAGGAGCCCUGUGUCACGCUUCUCUUCUGGUUAUUUCUCUCCCGAUUAUGACACCAGUAAGUCGGUGCUUCCUUCAUUCAAAUUUCCCCGAGACUUACCUGGUGAAGCUUUCCAUUCUUUAAACUCACAAUCGUCGAACCCCGAAUCCCUACGAAAGCAGAUCCGGUCGUUCAAGAUCCGGAAAAAGGCCAACCUAAAUCUUCGAGCGGAACCUACGGCCAAAGAACUGUGCAGCGAACCUACUUCGAUUUUGGAAAUCUACUCUUCAUUGAAUAUUCCCCGUUCCGGACGCACACCUGGAACCCCCCAAAAGGUCUUUUCAUUCAAUAAAAAGAAAAACAAAUGCCACUAAGAUUUCAAAACUUUAUUCAGUUGCUUCUUUCCACUUCACUUCAAUUUUCUUCGGCAGUUUGCCAUAAAUCCGGAUAGCCGCGGGAGUAUUGUUUUUUCCCCAGAUGCCGGCGGCAAACAUCGCUGAAGUGGAGUGAUCUGGAAAGAGAGAGAAUGAACCGUUUUUAACAAUUAAAUAACACCGAAGGACUAUGGAAUUGUUAGUCGAUUGUGUUAGUUGUUAUGAGAAUCGUUAGCUGUUAGUUCUGGUUAAGUCGGACCGACGGAUGAAAGACUCCGAUCGGUCGUAAGAAAGGCUAACAUGCGUGUGAAAUUAGAUCCAACUUACCUUGAUUUAUUACGGGAAUCCAUACCAGCCCUGGCAGGACCGGGGGAGAGUUGCGAGGGGUAAACGAAGUUGCCUUCGCCUUCCUCCACCUGUGGAGCGGUUGGGAGGGGAUCGCCCACUGAUUAAAUUGGCCAGAA